AGAAAAAUUAAGAUGCCUCUGAGAUAGUGGAUAAGAUUUGUACCUCAGUUGAAUCAUUUUGAUGGAGUUUUGUGAUCUGAACUAUAUGACUAAACCAUCCAGAUCACAGAAUAAAACUCAUUUACGACGCCACUCUCAGACUAGUAAUACAAUCACAACUGUUAUGAUUAUUUAUAAGUAAUCUCUAUCCGACUUUUUUAAUUGUAUGGAGCUGAAACUUGGAGAACUAGCACAAUCAUCAUCAGAAAGGUGCAAGUAUUUAUAAAUAGUUGUCUACGCAAGAUAUUCAACAUCUAUUAGCCGGAUACCAUCAGCAACAGACUAUGGAAGAGAACAAACCAGUUUCCAACUGAGGAAGAAAUUAGGAAAAGAUGAUGGAGGUGGAUUGGACAUACAUUGCAGAAACCAUCAAACUGCAUCACGAAGCGAGCGCUAACUUAGAAUCCUGAAGGGCAACGAAAAAGAUGAAGGUCAAAUAAUACAUAACGUCGAGAAUUUAAAUCAAGCAUGAAAAGGAUGAAUAGCAACUGGAAAGAACUGGAAAUGAUUGUCCAGUACAGAGUUGGAUGUAGAAUGCUGGUGAUCAACCUUUGCUCCUCCAUGAGGGGUAACAGGCUUGGAUUUACGAGUCAAUCUAAGCUGGACCACUAUUGAAAACUUAGAAGCACUGGAUGGCUACUUCGUCCUAAUGAUGGACUCCUUAGCAGUGAGCGUCCACGAAAUUGAUUUGAAUACUUUACCAUUACAAUUAUGUAUUUGAUGGUUCUUAAUUUAUAACAAUCACUCAUUCAUUUAUCUUCAUAUUGUGAACUUUUCACAUUACUCACAUAGAACUUAUAUUAUGCCACUUACUAAGAUCCGCCUGGAGUCCCUCUGGGACUACUGUCAGUCCCAAGCCCUGAUAAAGGAGGGUUGAACAUGUAGUUGGCGAUCCCAUCCCGUAAAAAAAUAAAUCACUAAAAAAACGUUAAUCAUAAAAAAAUAAUUCAAAACAUUUAACCUCUGCCCUGGGAGAUAGGUCUUCAUUGACAAGAGUUAGGACGCCUCACGGUGAAAGCCGAGUUCCUUCGGAGGUCAUGAAGCUGAUGCCCCUUCUGACGACCAGAGAAAUUAUUAAUUUAAGUACAUGGGAUGCUCUUGAAUCGACCAGCACCAGUGAACUCACCCAACAUCGAAGCAGCAUCCACAGACCUCCCAAUCGAUGUUGGCCCACCAACAAUUGAACAGAUCAGACAAAUCAAAAGCGGCAAAGCAGCAAGACCAGACAACAUUACAGCAGAGGCAUUGAAAGCAGAUGUGGCAGUAACUACAAAGAUACUCCACAUACUCUUCAACAAGAUUUGGGAUAAAGAACAAAUACCAACAGACUGGAAAGAAGAACUUCUGGUCAAAAUAAGAAAGAAAGGCGAUCUCAGCAAGUGUGAGAACUACAAGGCCAUUACUCUUCUCUCAAUACAAGGAAAAGUCUUCAACAGGGUAUUUUUAAGCAGAAUGAAGGACUCCGUAGACGCCCAACUUCGAGAUCAACAAGCUAAAUUCCGUAAGGAUUGAUCGUGUACAGACCAAAUCGCAACACUACGGAUCACUGUGGAACAAUCAACAUCAACUUCAUUGACUACGAAAAAG